CCAAAGCAAAAGCAAAAAAAGAAAAGCACCCUAUUCCUCCUCCCUUCCUUGUUCCCCUGAAUCUCCUCAGUAUUUCCAGACACAACAAACCAAACCAAACCAAACCAAACCAAAACCUAAGCCAAAACAAAGAACAAUUGACAAUGUUUCAUGCCACCAAGAAACCCUCCUCUAUGACAUCUUCCCAUGACAGGCCAAUGUGUGUCCAAGGAGAUUCCGGUCUCGUCCUCACCACCGACCCCAAGCCCCGUCUCCGCUGGACAGUCGAGCUCCACGAGCGCUUCGUCGACGCUGUCACUCAGCUCGGAGGACCCGACAAGGCCACUCCCAAGACCAUCAUGAGGGUUAUGGGCGUCAAGGGCCUCACUCUCUACCAUCUCAAGAGCCAUCUUCAGAAGUUCAGGCUCGGGAAGCAACCGCACAAGGAAUUCAACGAUCAAUCGAUAAAGGAUGGCAUGAGAGCUUCAGCCUUAGAACUUCAUAGAAACAGUGGAUCUUCUUCCACCUUAAUGGACCGUAGCAUGAACGAAAUGCAAUUGGAGGUCCAAAGACGGCUGCAUGAACAAAUUGAGGUACAAAGACAUCUUCAAUUGAGGAUUGAGGCUCAAGGCAAAUACAUGCAAAGCAUAUUGGAGAAAGCUUGCCAAACCCUCGCCGGCGAAAACAUGGCCGCCGCCGCCGCCGCCGCCGGACGUUUCAAAACCACUUCCAACAACAUUGGAACAACCACCAAUCUUGUUUCAGACGCCGCCAACAAAGCCUUCAUUUCACCUCCUCCUCCUCCUCACACCUUCCCUCCUUUUCAAGACAUCAACAACCUAUUUACCUCGGAACCACCGGCGCCUGCGCCGCCUCUUAUCGACUGCCUCAAGAAGCCGAACCCCUUCAUCUCCGACACCGGUAAGACCCCCAUUUUCUGGGCCGAUGAUCUCCGGCUCCAGGACUUAGGAACCCCAUCGGCCACCCUAGCGCCACCGCCGCCACCCAUCAAUGGCUCGGCUGACUUGGACCCUCAACAGCUGGAAAUGUAUGAAACUAAGCCACCGCCACUGCUGCUCUCCGUCGGCAACGAUGUGAUGACGAAUGAGAAGAAUUUCGACGUGUCGUUAAAGCUCGAGGGACCAUCACCGCGACAUUCGUCGGGGCAUUCCGAUGAGAAGGUGAAUAACAAUAAUAACCCUACAAUGUCACAAUCACAGGGAAGAAAUAACUCUCAUUUGGGUUAAUUAAAAUUUAAAUGUAAUUAAUUAAGUAUAGAUUAGGGUUUAGAUGUUAACAAAUGGGUAUACUAAUUAUUGUUAAUACAUUGUAUAUUUUGAUCCA